AAUCCUCAGUUUCCUCAUGUAGGAGAAGUUAUUGAUGGAGUGGACAUGAGGGCAGAAGUCGGAGUUCUUACAAGGAACAUCUUAAUCAAGGGGGAGACAGAAAAUACCUGCUAUCGUGAAAAGGAGUGUCAGUUCUUCAAUUAUGAUACAUUUGGUGGACAUAUCAAGAUUUUUAAGAAUUUUACAUCUGUUCAUCUCUCUUACGUGGAAUUGAAGCAAAUGGGCCAGCAGCAGAUUGGAAGUUACCCUGUUCACUUUCACCUUUGUGGGGAUGUGGAUGAAAAAGGAGGUUACAGUUUUAAGACUUACCUGGAAGGUCUUUCCAUUCAUCACUGUUUUUCCAGAUGUGUGACUGUUCAUGCAACUAAUGGCUUGCUGAUAAAGGACACCAUUGGCUAUGACACACUAGGUCACUGUUUCUUCACAGAAGAUGGCAUUGAACAGAGGAAUACUUUCUUCCACAACCUUGGGCUAGUCACGAAACCAGGCACUCUUCUUCCUACAGAUAGAAACAGCAGCAUGUGUAUUGGUAUUAGGGAUAAAGUGUAUGGAAAUUAUGUCCCAGUGCCAGCCACAGACUGCAUGGCAGUUUCGACAUUCUGGAUUUCUCAUCCCAACAAUCAUCUUAUAAAUAAUGCAGCAGCAGGCUCACAGGAUGCUGGAAUAUGGUAUUUGUUCCACAGGGUUGCCACAGGAGAUUCUCAUAGUUUAGCCAUAGAAACCAAGUCAGAGCUUACACCCCUAGGAAUCUUCUAUAACAACAGGGUUCAUUCUAAUUUUAAGGCUGGUUUGUUUAUUGAUAAGGGUGUUAAAACAACUAAUGCUAGUGCUGAUGAUCCCAGAGAAUAUCUUUCUUUGGACAACAAUGCAAGGUUUCGACCUCAUCAAGAUGCAGACCCUGAAAAGCCCCGAGUUGCUGCCCUGAUUGACAGAUUAAUUUCUUUCAAAAACAAUGAUCAUGGGGCCUGGGUCAGGGGAGGGGAUAUCCUCAUUCAAAACUCUGGGUUUGCAGACAAUGGAAUAGGUUUGACAUUUGCUAGUGAUGGGAGCUUCCCAAAUGAUGAAGGUGCCAGCCAGGAGGUAUCUGAUUCAUUGUUCAUAGGUGAGAGCAAAAAUUAUGGGUUUCCAGGCGGCCAAAAUAAAUAUGUGGGAACUGGAGGAAUAGACAGCAAGGCACGCACUCUGCCUAGAAAUCGGACAUUUCCAAUCAGAGGCUUUCAGAUUUAUGAUGGACCUAUUCAUCUUACCAAAUGCACAUUCAAAAACUUUGUGCCAACUCCAGACAGAUUUACCAGUGCAGUUGGAUUUUUGAUGAAAAAUCCAUGGCAGAUGACACCAAAAACCAACAUUUCUCUUGUGAAGUUUGGUCCAAAUGUUUCUUUGAAAGCCUUCUUUGGAAAACCUGGUCCCUGGUUUGAAGAAGGAGAUCUGGAUGGUGACAAGAACUCAAUAUUCCACGAUCUAGAUGGUUCAGUGACUGACUACAAGGAUACCUAUGUGGGCAGAAUGGAUAACUACUUGAUUCAACACCCCAAAUGCAUUAAUUUUACAGAAUGGAGUGGAGUGGUUUGCAGUGGGACCUAUGCACAGGUUUAUGUCCAAACCUGGAAUGGACAGAAUCUUUCCAUGACUAUUGUACGAGAUGAGUACCCAGCCAAUCCCAUGGUUCUUCGAGGUAUUAAUCAGAGAGCUGUCUUUCAGCAAUACCAGCCAGUAGUGAUGCUCCAAAAGGGUUACACAAUACAUUGGAAUGGAAAAGCUCCAAACGUCACCUACCUCUAUCUCAUUAACUUCAACAAGAAUGACUGGAUUCGUGUUGGUCUUUGUUAUCAACCAAAUACAGAUUUUGUUAUAGUGUUGGAAACCUUUCAAAGGCGAUCAUCUGCCCUGUCAAGCAAGGUAGAACGCUACAUGCCUGUAUCUUCAAUGAUGGAGCUUGAAAAGAAUCGAUCAAACAAGAAGUUUUACUUUGACAACAGUACUGGAUUGCUGUUUUUAUUUCUCCAAGCCAAAUAUAAUAGGGAUGGUCACAGUUAUUGCUCAUCUCAGGGAUGUGAAAGGAUCAAGAUUGUGACCAAGGAUUCAGCAAAAGGGAUCAGUAACUGCAUGUCAAAAGCUUACCCAAAGUACUACCAAGGACCAACUGUCAUAAAGCAGAUGCCAGUAAAAACUACUGUACCAUGUACAAAAUGCGGCACUACUCAGAUGGUAUUCACCAGUGAUCCUCACAAAAACUACCUCCUUGUGCACAUUAAUUCAUCUGGUAAAAAAGAGUUAAGCAGAGGUCAGCAAGCAUUUAUUUCUGUCAAUGACGCACUCUUUUCCUUCAAGGAUAAUGGUAUACUUAUUGUUGUAGUUGAUGCCUGCAUUGGCACUGUAAUGGGAAACAAAUUAUUUUCUGGAGUAGAUAUUAAGCAUGUAGAUGGAUAUUUAAAAUCUGGAAUUCCACAAAGGUCUAUCAUUCUGCUGAGCACAAGAGGUGAUGUAGCUAUUCCAAAUAAUUUAUCAGAAGCCUUAAUGUCCCUGGGGACAGCCAAACCGCCUUAUCUUCAGCACAACGAAAGCCUGGCCUUUCUGGGCUUCAGAGGAAACUUCAAGCCAUCCUGGAUUAAGCUGUUUACUGGUCCUGCUGCACAUGGGCUUGUUCAGAUAGAAAAGUAUAUCCCUUUACAACUGGAAGAGUAUGGCUGUGCCAGAGCAAUCAAAAGUCGACGGAAAGACCUCGAGCUUCUGAAGAAGGCUACACGAUCUCAUUAAAAACUAAGAUGUACAUAAAAGCUGGGAAAAAAAAUGUGAACUAACUUAUUUUUUAAUUUAUGGCAUUUUAAACUAUAUUGUUAUCCAAGUAAACCAUGUUAUUGUCUGACAGAUGUUUGCCAGCAUUGACCGCUUGAAUGCCAAUCUGUGCACCUUCUAGUUGUACAAAAUAUUAAAAAAAUUAUUAGUAUUUGUAUAAACAGGUUUCAGAGAUUUUUCAGAUGUUUGUAUUUACUGUAAACAAGUUUCUUCUGUUUA